CAUUCCUGAAGACUCAGUCUCACCACAACUCCGACAGGCACGAUGGCUUGUGAUCUUCCUGAACCAUACUGCUGGGACGAGAGCUUCCAGACUUUCUACACGCAGAUUGAUGGCGAGCACAAAUUUCUCUUCAAUGCCAUCUUCGACGUUGCCGGCGACCGUGCCAGCAAUGAUAAACUGCAGAGCCUCAAGGAUCUCAUGAACGGUCACUUCCAGUACGAGGAGGGCAUGAUGGCAAGAGGUUUGUGCAGGAACCUCGACUCUCACAAGAAGAUCCACGAGGAGUUCCUUGCCAAGCUGGACGCUUUCACCUGCCCAGUGAAGGAUGAGAGAAUCAACUGGGUCAAGGACUGGCUCGUAAGCCACAUCAAGAGCAUCGACUUCAAGUACAAGGGAAUGUUGGACUAAUUCUGUUCAGAGCUUUCAAUGAUUUGCGAGCGUCUGUCGGUCGAACGUAUUCCAUGCAGGGCAGAACUUCGAGCACCUCAUCAUUUGUCAGGUUUGAUAUGUUCGCGUGUGGUGAAGCGAUCUCAAACACUUCAUCAUUUGCCAGGUUUGAUAUGUUCGCGUUUGGUGAAGCGAUCUCAAUCACUUUAUCAUUUGCCAGGUUUGAUAUGUUUGCGUGUGGUGAAACGAUUUCCUGCCUCCUCGCUACUUGUAGUGUCGAUGUUUCGAGUUCGAGUUCGAGAUCACCGUCGAAGUUUGUUACUUGUAGUAUUACCGUCGAAGUCUGUUGAUGUGACCGUUUUAUAUCAAUUUAUAUGUAGCGGUUUAUAUGAGUAGUAGCGAUCCGUGUCUCCGGGACCUGAGGGAGGCUUCUGAUUGGUCGAGAGACAUCACGUAAACACGCCCACGUGAUGUUAUAGACCGGACGUCACGUGGGCGUGGUCACGUGACGUCUCUUGACCAAUCAGAAGCCUCCCUCAGGUCCCGGGGACACGGAUCGCUACUACUUAUAUGAUAUUACGUGUACAGCUUGUGUUCAGAUCGAACUUUGACUGAUUCAAACAUGAUGAUGCCUACGUCUCAGCUAUGCUAUGAGCUGACAUUGUGAGCGAUUCGUGUUUGCGCUAUCCGAUUAAUAAAGAAUUUUUUACUACAUCUCUAUAA